AUGUGCGUGUGUGGCCAGGCAACGUUUGAUAUCGCCAAAAACCUGGUUGCACCAGCCACACUUGAAUCGGUCACCUACGCUGAGCUCAAGAAAAUGCUCAAGGAGCAUUUCGAGCCGAAGCGCUCAGUCAUUGCCUGGAGACACGCCUUCGAACAAAGGGAGCAACAACCAGGCGAGUCUGCCGCCGAGUUCAUAGCUGUCCUAGGACAGGCAUCCAGGCUCUGCAAUUUCCAAGACCUAGAAGAGAGACUGAGAGACCAUUUAGUUUGCGGGUUGAGGAACAGGGAUCUUCAGCAGAAGUUGUUCGAGAAAGAGACUUUGUCGUUCCAAGACGUCCUAAAGGAAAUCAUGGCCAAAGAAGCCACCGGGGGAGCCGUAAAAGCCUUACAGCCCUCCAAGAACACUCCCAGCCCAGAAACCACCCAUCACGAGGACGCGGGAAGAGGCGAGGUCCCCAACAUGGACCAUGAAAUUGAUCUGCUGCAGAAGCCACCAGCAAAAGUUCAACGGCCACUUGACAAGGAAGUUCCUUUCACUCGAUGUAUGGGCUGUGGAGGCCGACAUAGAUGCUCGGAAUGCAGGUUCCGCACAGCAAUGUGCUGGGCGUGCGGCAAGCAAGGCCACAUUGCCGCCGUCUGUAAAGGUCGCCAGAGAGACAUUCCACAAGAAGAAUUUCUCAGGAAAGGUACCGGGGCCCCAGGGCAACACAGAGUUGGCUUUUGUGCUAGCAGAAGGAGCAUGUUUAGAACAGGUGCCCAUCGCCCCAUGAAGAAGCUGAGACUCAAAGUCAAGCUUCAUGGAGUCCCAUGCAACAUGGAACUAGACACGGGGUCAGCCCUGUCUAUAAUUUCCCAAGGAACUUUUAACCACACUUGCAGUCGCAGCGGCAAACGAGUCAAACUCAAGCCGUCGAACCUCCUGUUAACUGAUUUCCAAAACUCCCGCGUAGCGGUUAAAGGAGAAGCCACCCUCAAAGUGCAGUUCAAAGAGUUUGAGGGUCCCCUGGACGUCAUUGUAGUUGAGGGCCACCGCACAAGCCUCAUCGGGCUAGACUGGUUUGAUGCAUUGGGCAUCCACGUGACUGGCAUACACAGAACGCAAGCAGCGGACCUGUCGUUAGUUUGCCAAGAGUUUGCUGAUGUGUUCAGCCAUGAAUUAGGGAAGUACAAGGGUCCUCCAAUUACCCUCCACCUCAAUCCUACCGUAACCCCAGUAAGGAUCAAGCCUCGUAGAGUGCCUUUUGUCCUCAAAACCAAAAUCGAUGCAGAGCUGGACAAGCUGGUGCAACAAGGUGUGUUGCAGCCAGUAGACAGCAGUAGGUGGGAAACCCCCAUAGUUACGCCACUUAAGGCCAAUGGGGAGGUGCACAUAUGCGCGGAUUAUAAGUGCACUAUUAAUAGAGCGCUUCAACAACAUUCAUAUCCAGUGCCUGUAGUCAGCCACAUUUUGGCGUCACUACAGGGAGGUCACAUAUUUGCCAAAUUGGAUUUGGCUCAAGCCUACCAGCAACUGCCCGUGGACGAUGCCACAGCAGAAGCUCAAACUAUAGUUACCCACAGGGGAGCUUUCAGGGAGAAGUGCCUACAAUUCGGGGUCAGUGUUGCCCCAGGACUUUUCCAGGGCGUGAUGGAGCGCACACUCAAAGGUAUUCCAGGCGUGUGUCUGUAUUUCGAUGAUGUCCUCAUAGCUGGGGAGUCAGUUGAGAAAUUGGCAGAACGGCUCAGGGCCGUCCUUCAGCGUUUCCACGAAGCGGGCCUGAAACUAAAAAGGCAGAAAUGUAAAAUUGGGGUAGCUUCAACCGAAUUCCUCGGUUUCUGCAUAGAUGCCGAAGGCAUUCACCCUGCUGAAUCCAAGCUCAAAGCAAUUCAGCUGGCUCCCCGCCCUCAGACAAGAAGGGAAGCUCCAGGCAUUUUUAGGCCUAAAAGUUUUUCAGCAGUCAAAUCACUGCUGUCUUCAAACUCAGUACUGGUGCAUUUCAAUGAACAGCUACCCAUUUGCAUCGCCUGUGAUGCGUCUCCAUACGGGGUAGGGGCUGUGUUGAGCCAUUUAAUGGCUGACAGGAGCCAAGCUCCCAUAGCUUAUUAUUCAAGGGCUCUGUCCUCAGAAGAACACAACUAUGCCCAAAUAAAUAAAGAGGCAUUGGCAAUCGUGGCUGGUGUCAAGAAAUUUCAUGACUAUUUGUAUGGUUGUCCAUUCACGGUCUUUACGGACCACAAGCCACUUCUGGGUCUGUUCACGAUGGACAAACAAACACCUCAGAUUCUAUCUCCAAGGAUGCUGAGGUGGUCCAUUUUUCUCUCAGCUUAUAAUUACAGUCUGAUUCACAAACCGGGCAGGGAAAUGGGCCACGCGGACAGCCUUAGCAGACUGCCCCUUCCGUACUUAGAGCCAGACCCUGUUCCAGCGGCUCGCAUUCUGGCUAUCCAGGAUUUGCUGGAGUCUCCUCUUAACGCAAGGGACGUGGCUGCCGAAACAGCUUUGGACAAGAAACUGAGCCGCGUGUUGAAUUGGGUGCUCACAGGAUGGCUGGACAUAAGUCCGGGACCUAGCUUUCAGAGUUUCAGUAGGAGGAAGGACGAGCUUUCAGCUCACAAAGGCUGCAUUUUGUGGGGGAUUCGGGUCAUACUCCCACACUCCUUGAGGCCCAGGGUACUAGAGUCUCUGCAUGAGGGACAUCCAGGAAUAGUCCGGAUGAAGGCACUUGUGAGAAGCUACCUGUGGUGGCCAGGGUUAGAUAAAGAUAUUGAGGCCCAAGUA